ACAUCUGCUUUAAACCAGUGUUCCGACUUUUGUGCACGCGUAAUGGUCUCUAACGGUGAUGUUUGUGCUGAAGGUCCAUCCUUGCCAAAGAUGGAUUUUAUGGCUCUGUCAAAUCUUGCUGAACAAUUCGUUCUUCAAUAUUAUACUGUUAUGAACAAGUGCCCAGAACUUCUUCACAGAUUUUACGGUGAGGACUCUACUUUAAUCUAUGAGAGUCCACCUAUAUGCGGUGUCUCAAAUGGGCCAUUUCGUCGUUUUUUGCGUAGUUUUACAUUACUUGAGAAGAACCCGCAGGACUUUUAUGUCCUAAGUGACAUAUUGCGUUUUCAGGAUCGAGUCUACAUUCAUGAGGGUGGAGAGGCAAGGUCCACUCCAGGUAGGCUCUACUUUUGCUAUCUAUUCUUAGAUUCUGCACCUGCAGAAGCAAAGGAACGUAUAAAGGCUGCUUCAGAGAAAUCUGCGACAAAGGUUUCCAAUGGUGCUGCUCAAGAACAAAAACGUCAAGUUCACGAGAAACGAUCUGAGGCACCUCCAGCUGCUGACCAAGUGUCUGAACCAAGGAGGGUAGAAACACCAAUCCCUCCAUGCACUCAGACCCCGAAACCUCCGGCUGAGGUUCCUCCUCAAAAGGUAGUUGAGAAACAGAGCGCAGCGCCGGUGGUACAGUCUCAGCAGGUACCACCACCGCCGCCGCCACCACUGCCACAACAACAAUCAUUGCCAGCGGGGGAAGCACGACAGCAGCCUGUCACGCAGCAGCCAGUUUCGACUGCACCGUUAAGCUGGGCUCAGAGGGCUUCCGGGAAUAUAGGUUCUGUUCCAACCUCUUCUGUGGUCACUCACCGACCUCAGCCUCAAGUUGCAAAACCAGCACCAGCGGAGCAUCCAGCUGCCAGCACUCUACCUGGCAGUGCACCCAAAGUUGGAAUACCCAAACAGUAUGUAAAAUUAAUGCUCUCUUCUCUGACUCUUCUUUUUUAUAGGAUGCGUACCGGAGGCCGUCCACAUCAAGCAGACAUCCGCAGAGACUCAAACGGCGAUCGCAGUGAUGUGAGUUUGCGACAAAUUCGUUGUUGA